UCGGCGCCUGCGCAGAUUGGGGAAAGUUCUGGAAGACGGCAGAGCUGCCGCCAUUUUGCGGGAAGACGAGUGGCUCUGACGGUAGUGCUUGUUUUACUGCUGAGACUCUGGAAAACAGCCGUGCUUCGAGCCCCCAACACACCCAAAGGAACGGCGGAAUCCGGGACCCCCCCUGUGGGGACCCGGAACUGAUCUGCUACUAUGGCAUCCGAUGACUUUGAUAUAGUGAUUGAGGCCAUGCUGGAGGCGCCCUAUAAAAAAGAGGAGGAAGAACAGCAAAGGAAAGAUGUUAAAAAAGAUGGCCCUAGCACCACCAGCGUGAGCAGUACCAGCACCAGUGGCACCAGUGGGAGCAGCGCCGGUGGGGAGGCGAGCAAGAAGAAGAGGAGUCGGAGCCAUAGUAAAAGCAGGGAUAGAAAGCGCAGUCGCAGUCGGGACCGGGACCGGCACAGGCGGAGGAGCAGUCGGAGCCGAAGUCGAGACCGGCAGCGGCGCCACCGCAGCCGGAGCUGGGACCGGCGGCACAGCAGUGAGUCCCGCAGUCGUGACCGGCGGCGUGAGGACCGUGUGCGCUACAGGAGCCCGCCUCUUACCACUGGGCGCAGGUAUGCACACAGUAAGAGCCCUCAUUUCAGAGAAAAGAGCCCAGUCAGGGAGCCCAUUGAUAAUCUGAGUCCCGAGGAGCGUGAUGCCCGCACGGUAUUCUGUAUGCAGUUAGCUGCCCGCAUUCGGCCUCGGGACCUGGAGGACUUUUUCUCUGCUGUUGGCAAGGUUCGUGACGUCCGAAUCAUCUCUGAUCGGAACUCCCGUCGUUCUAAGGGCAUCGCCUAUGUGGAGUUUUGUGAAAUCCAGUCCGUGCCGCUGGCCAUUGGGCUGACCGGGCAGCGGCUGCUUGGAGUGCCCAUCAUUGUCCAGGCUUCACAGGCUGAGAAAAACCGACUGGCAGCCAUGGCUAACAACCUGCAGAAGGGCAGCAGCGGGCCAAUGCGCCUCUAUGUGGGCUCCCUGCACUUCAACAUCACAGAGGACAUGCUUCGGGGCAUCUUUGAGCCGUUCGGCAAAAUUGAUAAUAUUGUCUUGAUGAAGGAUUCAGAUACAGGCCGUUCUAAAGGUUAUGGUUUCAUUACGUUCUCAGACUCUGAGUGUGCCCGGCGGGCCCUGGAACAGCUGAAUGGCUUUGAGCUUGCUGGUCGACCUAUGAGAGUUGGCCAUGUGACUGAGCGUCUGGAUGGUGGCACAGACAUCACUUUUCCAGAUGGGGACCAGGAGCUGGAUCUGGGAUCAGCAGGUGGACGUUUGCAGCUCAUGGCCAAAUUGGCAGAAGGCUCUGGAAUCCAGCUGCCUACCCCAGCUGCAGCUGCCGCCGCCGCCGCCGCCCAGGCUGCUGCUGCCUUGCAGCUGAAUGGGACGGUGCCCUUGGGGGCCCUGAACCCUGCGGCUCUGACUGCUCUGAGUCCAGCCUUGAACCUCGCCUCCCAGGCAAUUGCCUCCCAGUGCUUCCAGCUUUCCAGCCUCUUUACCCCUCAGACCAUGUAAAUCAGUGGUGCAGUACACUGCCUCCCUGUGCCUCUGGGUCCUGCCACUCCCUUCUCCACAUCUACCCUUCCACGGCCCCUUCUCCAUUUUGUGGACCAAGCCAUCCUGAGCGUGUGGAUAUUGACUGUGUGGGAACUGGGGCCACCCUUGAACUCAAGAAGAGCUCCUGCCCAGAGCCAUUGGAAAUGGACUCUGAUGAGCAAAGCCACUAGUCAAAGAGGACAGAAUCUGCACCUGCGUUGAACACCUGUUUCUCCAUGUAUGUCGUCUUCUAGGAUGACCUUCAUUGCUCUUUCCAAUCACCUCUUAGUGAUUCCCGGUUCCUCCCCUGUUGGGAAGGCCAUAGGGCAUUAACUGAAGGAACUAACCUCUCUUCUCUUCCUGUACCUUUACCCUACAGUCUGUUGAGGAAAACCCUUAAGACCUCUGGUCCAAGAGGACUUUGGAGUCUAGGGGGGGAAUGGUGAACGUUGAAGGUGCUGGCUUUCCUGCUGUACAGGUCCCAGAAGAGGGCAAGGACAUGCAUGUUGUGAAGCCUGCCUUAGGCCUCACUUGGGGCCAGAACUGCUCCUGUGGGCUCAGCAUCUUGCUGGGAGGUGUGGAAAUGAUCUGUCCUGCCAGGCAUUUUGGAUGUCUUAGGGGCGGGGCUUUCAGGAGUUUAGCAAAAGGUGGGAUACCUUUCCAUUAUCUUUUAUCUUCCUUUGUAUAGUUGUCCUUCCUCCCAGGUCCUUCCUGUGGCCCAGGAUGGGGGGAUGGAGAGGAGGCUGCUACUCUCUACCAUUUCCCAUGUGCCUCUACUGUGGGCUCAACCCCAGCUGUUAAAGCUGCUCCUGUCCCCUACCUGGGCACACAUGAGCCCUUUUCACUGGAUUUUAUACCCUUGUGUCUGUGUACAUAAAAAUAUAUGUAUAUGCAUGUGUACAUACAUGUGCAUACGUACACAUACAUGUGCAUAUAUGCAUAUAAACUUUGUAUAAAAGGCAGGCUCCACUGUUGUGGCCGCUGCCCAUAUGUGUGUGGUCUCAGUCAGUUGGUGUGUUUGAUGCUAAUAACUUCUUAUGAGCCAAAACCAUGAAUGGUUCUAGGGUUAGAAAACAUUUGUAAAGCUUUUGUGUUUUUUUCCUUUAUUUUAAUUUUGUUUUAUCUAACCUUGCUUAGAAAUUAAAGUGGAUGGAAGGCACACACCUGGA